UCCCUUUCCAACGUAUUCGCUACCAGUUCUCCGAAGGAUGAAAUGGUCUUCCUCUGUGUUCGUAUCCAACCUAAACAGUCACCUAAAAUGGAAGCGAUUGUAAAUGCAAAUUUCGGUUCAAAAAAGACCAGCGACGGAGUUAAGUACGAAAACGUUCAGUGGACUCAAGUAAUCGUCGGACAAAAUCAGGGCAAUGACGGUACUAUUACAAACGACACCCCAUUCUAUGGAAGGAUUUCGAACUUAAACAUCUGGUUUAACUCUCUCACUGAUGCCCAAAUUACAAAUUGGUACAACGAAGUUCAGAAAUAUUACAUACCUAACAUUCUUAAAUGGCCAGAACUUGGUUCUUCUUCCAGGAUUGGAGACGUUCAUUUUGUAAAGGUCACUUCUGCUGAGAGACGUAAGUUUAAUUAAUGGACUUGACACUCUAACUUAUUAUCCAACUGCAUUAAGAAAAGUACGAAUAACGUGGGAGUCGAGUACAAAUAUCCUGAGAUAUUGUACAAGUGGUUAAGCCUGUUUAACCGGUCGGCUACGCGCACUACGCUUCUCUACCUGCCUCGCUUUUCCUACUCUUAAAGAAAUGCGCUUGAAAUUAAUAAAGUAGUUGGAUCAUAAAUAUCUUAUUAGAGUAGACUCAUUGUUUGUAGUUUGACUCGCCCUCCGUGCUCGUCAAAAUACGGCACAAGUCGUAAAAAUACUCAGCGAUACUACACACCAAAAUGUCUAAUAUGAUAUAUCUGUUGUACUAAAUACAAAGUUAAAUUUAUCUCGAAAAAGUGGGUGGGAAGGGAUGGAGAGUAGGAAAGUGCUUAAGGACACCUGACUUUCUGUCGUUUACCAGGACUUACCAAUAACCCUAGGGCAAGCUCUAUUUGAAGCGCAAAGCGAAGCAAACUGCUCAUCUCUAAUCAUUAGAAAGGAUUUGAAGGUCUGACAAGGCUUGAAGGAGAGGCGAGAGUUUCGGAGCCCUCUGACCUCCCCCCCCUAGAUUCGCCCUUGUCAACACGUAAACGCUGGCUAUAAACCUACCAAAAAACUGUGUUUUUAAUUAUUACACUAAGUCGAGCUAUCGGGUCUAUACUUUAGUUAUGGUGGGUGUUUCUUUAUUUUUCUGUUUAGAGUGGCGUGACGUUUUGGAUAGUGAGGUGGAUGUGCAAACAACAAGUAAUGUUUCGGCGACGAAGUCUUUUAAGAGUGGAUCUGGAGUUGUUAUCGAAGUUGAGAGUCAGUCACCAGUCUCUUGUGGUAAUGCAACUGAUUCGGCCACAGUUGACGGCGUGUUAAUAUCUGUAUCUGGAAGCUGGAAAAGAAUCAAAUACAAGCAGACGUUCAUGGAAACUCAGAAAUGUUUUGCAAUUUUUGGAAGCGUUCCUAAACGGUGAGAUAUUUACUUCAUCUCUCAUAUUUCUCUUGUAAGUAUGGUCCAUGUGGAAAUUCGCGGGAAGGGGAGGGUGGGGAUACUUUGGGAUUCAUUAAUUCUAAACCUUACAAAAGCCCUUAAAAGAUCAGAGCACCAAAUUAUUGUGUUUUAUAGUGUGUGAGGAAACAUCUCUGUCAUUUAUGGAUUUGCGAACAGCAGUUUUGGAAAAGCACUGGGUUUUCUGUCUGUCAACCUCGUUUAUUUCGAACGCUUCAAUUCAGGGUUUUAAAGCCCUGAGAAAAAGCAAUCAUAACAUUAUCUGGAGAAAGACAAAAAUAACGCGCUAUAGAGGACUCAAUUUACGUAUUUGGCGUCAAAUACAGGAAAAAAAGUGUAUCAAAACUUGUAUCAAGCUGUAUCGUUAUUUAAACAAAGCAGUGACUUUUUUAUUUCGGCCAAAGGAACUUUUUGGAUAAGUAACAAUCCAUGGUUAAUUCUUUCAUCAUUACAGGGCGGCUAGUAUAUUCACUCCCGGUGUUUCGGAAUUCGACCUUGGUUUGGAUGAACUUUGGAAAGAAGAAUAUCUUGGCCCAAAUGGUAAUAAACGUAUCUAAAAAGUCUUGUAAGGGAUUCAAAGUUAACUGGUUCAUCAUUACAGGGCCGCUAGUAUACUCACUCCCGGCGUUUCGGAAUUCGACCUUGAUUUGGAUGAACUUUGGAAAGAAGAAUAUCUUGGCCCAAAUGGUAAUAAACGUAUCUAAAAAGUCUUGUAAGGGAUUCAAAGUUAGCUGGUAACGUCACUUAAGGAAGUGUGCCUCAUGGGCCUAAAAUAAUUUUCUUUAGUAAGUUUCUUCCUUCAAUUGUCAGAUUUAAAUUACGAAAGUGUUCAAAAGUGACGAUGGAACUUCACCAUGUGAUAUAAUAUAUAGAUUUAGGCAAGCCUAAAAGCGAAGCUCGCAUUUUUUUUCCCGCACGUCUCUUCAACAAAACUAGAAGACAGAUUAUAUUAUGGAUGCUAAAGGGUUAAAUUUUAAAGUAUAUGGUUACUAACAGUAUAUAUGUUAUUAAUGGUUAUCAAAAGUCUAUACGCAAUUUUUGGGGGUCUCCAUAAAAAAAGCUUGCAGCGAGAAAAUAUGAAACUAUUUAAAGCCCUCUCUCCUUUCCUCGUUAAGGAAAGGAAUACAGCAGAGUUAUGGCGCUGAUAAAUUUAUGAAUUUAAGGGUAGGUUGCAUUUGGCGAAUGCUUCAUUUGUAGUAACAUUAUUUAACGACUCUUGUGUCCGCACCACACUUGGCGUCUCCUUGGAUCCAAAGUCUCACCGUUACAUUGAUUUGUUUGGGACAAAAAUAGAUCAGUGUGGUGUGAUCUGUAAGACUGUGCUAAUAUACACAGGAAAAACAUCUGCGUUGAGUUCAGCUAUUGAUGAUAACAAUAAGCAUGUUCAUAAUUAAACACUGUAGUACUACAUUAGAUUUGUCUUCCUGUUCUUUUCAAGGUAAUCAUUUCGAUGGUGUGAAUGCUUUGUGCGGUGAUGAACACUUUUGGAUGGUAAAUCAACAAAAUACACCUGUAGCCGGAGUCAGUCUGAGACGGUUCGCGUCGAAUGCU